AUAAAUACGCCGGGUUGUCAAACAGUAAAGUUUCAGCGGACACCUCCAGAGCAAAGUGUCACCGGGAGACAAAGUACGUCAGAUAUUUAGAGCUGCGGUGGCAAAAGGGGAAAAAAUACCGAAACGUAUGGUGAAAAACAUCAAGCUCGCGAGCCCGUGGACUGUCACCUCCGCCUUGAAUUCAAAUUGAUUAUACGGGAAUUAAUAUAGAGAGAGCAAAUCAAGCUCGGACAUCAUCGUCAUUAUCAGAUAGCUGGAACGUCUAGAGAACUUAAAAACAGCCAGCAACCCACGGACCCUGCUUCUGAGAGGCCCUUGCCGAUAUGACGCUAAAAGAGUCAACGACUUUUCAGUGAGCCGGAGGUACGUCUGUGCUGCCUCCUUUUCAACAGCAUCCUCUACCACUUUGCUCACACGACGGCACUAACCGGAAGCAACCAUGCAUCUAGAGGUCAAGGUGGCCCUCAACUUUAUCGUGUCCUACCUUUACAACAAGCUGCCUCGUCGUCGGGCUGACCUGUUUGGUGAGGAGCUGGAGAGGAUACUGGUCUCCCGCUUUGAGGGACACUGGUAUCCCGAGGCCCCGCUCAGGGGAUCCGCUUUCCGCUGCAUCCACUUGGGGGCGCCGAGGGACCCUGUGGUGGAGCUAGCCGCCAAAAGAAGUGGACUGGACACAGAGGAGGUCCGCGCUAAUGUCCCCGCGGAGCUCAGCGUGUGGAUCGACCCUUAUGAGGUUUCCUACCAGAUUGGAGAGAAGGGGGCAGUGAAGGUGCUUUACCUGGAGGACCCUCCAGGCCUCGGUUGUGACAGCGAGAGGGCUGAGGCGGUUAACGGAGAAGGCAAAGGAGAGGCGGAGGCUGAGGAGGCCAAGAGCUUGGGAUUUAAUCCAGAUGCUCAGGUGUUUGUGCCAAUUGGAAGUCAAGCAUCUCCAGCACUCAUGCCGUCCCUGUCGAGCUCUCCCACACCUCUGACAGCUCAGCCUGGGCUCUUUAGCUACCCUAGCUCCAGCACACCUACUGACCCUGGCGUCCAUUCAUCCAACACCUCCUCCCCUUCUCCUCCCAGUGGCGGAUUGCCAUACCUCCCCACUCAGCAGCCGCCUCAAGCCCUCCCUCCUGCCCGUCCACAGCCCAUCACCUUCACCACCGCAAGCUUCGCCGCCACCAAAUUCGGUUCCACCAAAAUGAAGAAGUGCACUGGAGCCGGGUCGCCGGCCAACUCCGGUGUCAUUGUCCCGCCUUCGCAGAGGAUGCUCUCCCGCUCUCCCACCACCAUCUCGGCACCAGAGCUGCUAAAGCACAAGCCCCUGUCGCUCUCUUUGCACUCCCUUGGAGGUCCGAUCCCCAGCCAGCUCUCCCCCAGCGCCAAAGAGUUCGUCUACCCAGGAUCCCCGGGCUCCUUUUUCUUUGACGCAGACACCCAACCAAUGCAGCCACAAGCCAGCCCCUUCCAACCCUCGCACAGCCUCGGCUCCAAUCCGACCUUCGACCCGUUCGCCAGCCCUUCUCCUCAAAGCGUGGGCAUCCUUAGCAGCAACGGAGGAAUCCCUUAUGUGGAGAAACCGUCGUUUGACGGUUUAGGAAGCUACAGCCUGCAAUAUCCAAACCAGUCUUUCCAGCCUGUGGUGCUGGCCAACUAAGCCUUCGUCUGGAACAAAAACACUUGGACGCAGACAUGGGUGACUCCCCACUUGUUUUCAGUUUUUCUAACAAGAUAUCAUAAUGCUAACACGCAUCAAGAGUGGGUUUUGCUACAGAGAUUAAAAAUAAUGAUGACACACAUCUCCGUUUGUUAUGUAUAUCUCUACAUGACAUUAAUUUUGCCUGGACUCAUUUCUGUUCUCCUUCACGUCAACAUUGAUGGUUAGGGGGGGAGAGUUUCUUUCUACUUUUCUUUUGUGACGUGAAACAUUUAUGUCCCACUCCUCCGUCUCUAGAGCAGCUUCAUUUUGCACUGCACUGUCAUGCUGUGAAAAAAAAGGACUUUGCCAAGUCCUGCAGGGAACGACUGCUGUGGAAAACUCAGCACUUUGCUCCGCAAUCUGCUCUGCCCUACUUGCCACAAAUACGCAGGAGAAGGUGGGGUGGUGUGUGUGUGUGUGUGUGUGUGGGUGUGUGCGUGUGUGUGGGUGUGUGUGUGUGUAGUCCUGCUCUGUUUUGUUGUGGUUCGACCGAGGGAAGGGUUGUUUGUCUCCGUUAUCGUCGGACGCAAUGCUUGUUAUCAGCGGCUUGAAUGAGGGGGAAUGAAUGAUGGGCGAGCGGAGGGAAAGGGCAGCACUGGAGAACGUAUUGUCUGUCAAGGGGAAAUUUGCUGGAGGAAACCUUUUUGAAUGUAAAUGAGAAAUAAAUUCCAGUUUUAACAAUGCUGAUACCUCUAAUUUAAAAAAAAAAAAAAAUGCACCACACGCAUCGACGCGCACGAUGUUCCAGUCAGCAGAGUGUGAAGGUGAACGGGCGAGGAGCAGGAGGUUGGGGAGGGGAUGCAGCAGCCCAAGCGGCGGCGGCGGAUUGUGAUAAAUGGCUUAGCAUGACUUUGACUAUGAAGGAGAGGUUUUUCCUCUGCAUGGAGGAAGAGGGGGAGAGAAACUUCUAGACGAGCGCGUUGCCUCUGCGUCGUCCGGGGCGUACUGGAAAGCGCGCGCGUCCCGCGUUGAAACCCAGAGCACGUUUCCGGUGAAUCUGAAACACUACACUACUCUCUGCUCUCCUCUUGAAAUUCUCCUGCUGUCUCCUUCUCAAGCUGUUGCAAGACUUAAAAAAUAAAUAAAUAAAAAAUCCCUGUAAAGUCCCAGGUUGCUCAGUCUUUUCUCAGCUGCAAAAAAAUAAAUAAAUAAAAUAAAGAGGGAGAGAAAUAACUAUGAAUAAAGAACCGAUGUCUGUGUGCACGGCUUUGUCGGAUGUGUGGCUCUCUCUCCCAGCGUUGUAUGUUGUCAUUGGUUACCGCAGGGAAAGGUUAACCUCCACAUGUCCAGCUGCUCAGCACUUUAUCACUGGGUCUCCUGAUGUCACCGCAGCCAUCAGCGCCAAACCCAUCGCUUACCCUCGCUUCGUCGUUGCACUUUUUUUUUUUUUUUUUUAUUCAGAUGACCUGAAAAACGUUGGACGGUUGUUAGAUUAGCCUAACUUGCAUUUCAUUGUGUUGGACAGAUUCCGUCAGACAUUUUUUUUCCCCUUAAAUAUUUUUUCCUGAGUUGUUGCUAUUUUACUUUUUUUGCAUUAUAAUUUAGAUUAAAUUUGGCAUACGGACCCAAAAAUUGAAGUUUUGUUUUUUAUUUAUGUUGCUGUUGUUUUUGAAAAAAUUCUGGAUAUUUUCUCUAAAUUAUCGGUUUAAUUUCAUGUUUGUUUUUUUAUUCUUCUCUUCAAAUGAGCCUUUGCAUUUGUAUCGGUUGGGGAUUGUGACUCCAGGAUUGUGUAUAUAAAGUUCUCAUGUUCAGAUUCUUUAGUUUUGUACGCCCUGAAGUUAUCCAUUCCUCCACCCCCCUUUUUCUUUUUUUUUUCGUUUGUUUCUUUGUUUGUUUAGUUUUUCUUUGGGAAACGUGUCAUGAAUAUAUGCAAACUGAGACAAAAUAAAGAUGUACAGAAUAAAGUAUUGAAUGUGUAUUGUA